UAAUGCCACACAAAUCAAACGUUUUCUAGAAAGAAACUUGUCAUGAUGAAUAAUAAAAAGUGUAACUAAAGACUGUUUAUCCUGACUUGUGAUGUAAAUGAAAAGUGGCAUUUGCUGGCGACUGCCAGACGCGCUGCAAAAGUUGAAUUGUGUUGAAAAUUAUUGUAAUUGCUGAUGCAUCAAGAUUACUCAAUUGCAAUUAAUGGAAUACAAUUAUAUGUGCAAAUGGAUUGUUCAUGACGAAAAUGUGUGAUUUUUUUAUUUAAAAGUUUUUGACGGUGCCGAUAGACGGAUGACACGGCGGAACAAAAAACUAAAGGAAACAAUUACAACAAAUUGGUAACAGUAUUGGCAAUUGAAGGUAAUUAUAUAUUUGCUAAAACUAGUAUCUAAAGUAUUUUAAAUAUGGCUAAAAUAAAUAAAUACACAGAAAAGAUUGUUGGCUAUUUCAAAGGAGUUAUAUUUUGCUUCCUUUGGUACACGAGCAUAUGUGCAGGUUUUUUCAUAUUUUUCUGUCCAUCGUAUUUGUUACUGCUGUUAAGUAAUUCCUGGUACAGAUGGUAUACGGAUCUGGUAUUUUCUUUUUGGGAGUAUUAUCCUACGGCAUUAUUAGAAUUAUGUUACAAAACAAAAAUUUUCACAUACGGAUCACCAUUCCGCAAAAAAGAUCGUGGAUCAUUAUUCCUGAUGAACCACAGGACGAGACUGGACUGGAAUUAUGCCUGGUUGGGCCUGCAUGCCUUAGAGACUGAUGACAGAGACUAUGGUACUGAUGAAACUUGUGAUGAAAUCAAAACAUGUGAUGAAAAUGAAGUGAAUUAUUGGACAUUGGAAAAUGGUGAUAUCUAUUUUGAUUCCAAUAAUGUUUCGACUUGUAAAGAUGUCAUGAAGAAGAGAAGUUGUGAUUUAAGCAAUGAUAGUACUAUUAGACAAAUUGAUACAGAUAGAAUAGAUAAUAGUUUAGAAAAUAUACAUUUAAGAAAAUUAAAUAAAGUAGACAAUGAAGAAAUUUGUUCUUUAGCAAGUGUUUGUGAUGUAUUGAAAAAAGAAGUGUAUUUUACCAGCAAGGCAUUGAGUAACAACCUAAAUUCACCAAUAAAACCUGAACCAAAGAAUUAUCUUAAUAGCAUCUCAAACUCAGGCUUGAGGUGCAGGAAAAUUUAUGAGAGUAAAAAUAAUUUUGAUGAUUUGAUGAAUACUGACACCACAAAAGUCGAUUAUGAAGCAAGCACAAAAUCUUCUGUUUUUAGUUUCAAAAAUUUGAUGCGCCCUACUCAUAAUAUGAAAUAUGUGUUAAAGGAUGAAAUUAAACAUUUACCUGGACCAGGUUGGGUCAUGCAAAUGUGCAGCUUUCCUUAUAUAAAACGAAACUGGGCUCAUGAUCGAGAUCAGCUCAUUGAGACAGUUAGAUAUUUAUCUGAAAUAUCUGGAGCUAAUUUCGGAAUUCGUGAAUAUGAUGAACUUGAAAAGUUACGACUUAUGGAUGAAGAAAUAGGCACCACAAAUACAUCAGACUUGGAACCAAAAACAGCAACUAAUUUAGGUAAUGCGGAAGCAGAAAAUUCAAAAAUUAUUAAUGAUAAUUGUACAAAUAUGGACAGUGUUCCCAAAGUUUUAACACCGAGAACCACUAUCAAAUAUAACAUUCGAAAACAUUCUAAUUAUCAAGAUAAAGUUAUAUUACUAAAAUUUAAUAGAAUUUUAAGAACCGACAGUAACCAAAAAGAUGAUUUAUCAGUUAGAACAAAACACAGGUUUAGUCCAAGAAAACUUUUAAAUAUGCAUUAUAAAAAAGCACUUCGGUGUAGAUUGAAAAAUGAAUUAUUGUACUCAAAUUCUGAUCGUCAAUUUGGCGAAUUUGAGGAUGAUUUUUCGCAAACUGUGAAAGAUGGCGAGAAAACACUAAAUGUUAAUGAUAAAAAUAAAAUACAGCCUUCCAGUGCUGAAAAUUGUCAAAAUAUUCUUCAACCUGCAUUGAGCAAUACAAAGAAAGUAAGAUUCAAUAAAACUUUACUAGAAACUGAUGCAAAAUGUGUUGAAGAAUUCCAGAGUUCUUUCGCGAAUUCUAAUUCAAAACCUUUGACGUCAUUUGAAACUAUUUUAUACGACGGUUAUACUACAAAUGUUAUGAAUUUUGAAGAAUGUUUAAGUAAACAAAGUUUAACUGCAAAUAGAAUCUCAUAUGUGUCACAUUCUUUGAAAGUGGACCAAAUUGUUCAAGAAAAUGAUUUGAAGAAGUUUGAUGAUGGUAUUUUGGAUAGUUUUGAUAGAAGACCUUUCCAACUGUUAAUAUUUCCAGAAGGAACAGAUUUGUCAAAGAAUACUUUGAGGAAAGCACAUGAGUAUGCAAGGAGUAAAAAUAAGCCUCUGUACAACCACGUGCUGCACCCAAGGCCGAGAGGUUUCUGUCUUCUAGUUCGAGCCAUGGGGGCCUGCCAUUCUUUAGAUUCUGUUUAUGACAUCACGGUUGCUUAUAGAAAAACUGUGGCCCAAAACGAGAUGGAUGCUGUUAAAGGACAUUUUCCUGAGGAGGUACAUUUCUUAUUUAGAAGAUAUUCCGGGAAGUAUUUGAAUUCUCUGUCUGAUGUUGAUUUGAGACAAUGGUUAGAAAGAAAGUGGUCUGAGAAGGAACAGAUUUUACAAGAAUUUCAUAAAACCGGAACAUUUCCAUACAGAAAACUGAAAAGAAACAUCUCCAAAAUCAGAUUGACCUUGGCUUUGAUAUUUUGGACAAUACUUGUCUUCGUGCACAUGUAUCUUCUCUACUCUAACUCGUUGCACUGGCGAUGGUGGUGUCUUUUUCACUCUUGCUUGAUGAUUAGUAUUAGAGGGUUCAAUCAGUUGGAGAUCAGGUGGUACAAAUUCAAAAAGUGGAUUUUCCAAAAAUGUAGGAAAUUCAAAAUUUUGUAAAUGAAAUUUUGUAAUUGGGAGAGAAAGCCAUAUCUAUCGCCUAUAUAUUACCUGAGUACUGUGCUAAGUGGUCAUUUAGGUGUAGCCAACUGGAAAACAAUCAAUCAAAAUUCAUAAAAAAGUUAUAAAAAGUUAGAAAAAUGGUUACAAAAGU